AAUUUGCGUCUGCGCAGUAAGUGGCGGCGGGCGGCCAUGGCGGGGGACAGGCGGUUCGGGUUGCCGGUAUGGACGGCUGCACCCCUCCUGUGUUUGGUCGCGCAGUUGGUGGGCCAUGGGGCGCAUGCGCUGUACUUCCACAUAGGGGAGACCGAGAAGCGGUGCUUCAUCGAGGAAAUCCCAGAUGAGACCAUGGUCAUCGGGAACUACCGGACGCAGCUGUGGGACAAGCAGACCGAGACUUUCCUGCCAUCUACGCCGGGGCUGGGCAUGUUCGUGGAGGUCAAGGACCCCGAUAAGAAGGUGUUUCUGUCCAGGCGAGUAUUGUGUUAAGUAUGGCUCCGAGGGCCGUUUCACUUUCACGUCACAUAUCCAUGGGGAGCAUCAGAUGUGCCUCCACUCCAACUCCACUCGCAUGGCACUUUUUGCAGGGGGCAAAUUGCGAGUGCACUUAGAUAUCCAAGUUGGGGAGCACACCAAUAACUACCCUGAGAUUGCAUCAAAGGACAAGUUGACAGAACUGCAAUUAAGAGCAAGACAGCUUCUGGACCAGGUGGAGCAGAUCCAGAAGGAGCAGAAUUACCAAAGGUACCGAGAAGAGAGAUUCCGCAUGACCAGCGAAAGCACCAACCAGCGGGUUUUGUGGUGGUCCAUUGCCCAGACUAUCAUCCUGAUCCUUACAGGUGUUUGGCAGAUGAGACACCUCAAAAGCUUCUUUGAGGCCAAAAAACUGGUAUAAGCACUUAUGGCAACAGGCACUUUUAUUAAAAUGUCUUGCUGUCCUUCUCCAACUUCCACUGAACUAAUCUCUGCCUGUCUGGAUUUAUGAGAGUUGUGCACUGAGUCAGAAACAAAAAAUAGAAUGUACCAAGACUAGUGCUCUCUCUGCAAGGAUAACCUUCCUGUGGAAGCUUCCAGCUGGCUCUUUGCACUGUUGGAGCAAAGGAAUUGGUGUUGAGGGUUGUAUUGGGAUUUCUGGGGUGGGAAUGGAAUUUCAGUGCUUGCAGAUCUCAGGCAGAAGAUGUUGCUGUUGGAGAGGCUUGGGAUUAAGAUAUUUAAGAUCCCUCCCCCGGUAGUUCCUUGCUUUUUCCUUGCCUUGUGUGUGGGGUUGGCAGGUCCUUUCUCAGCAGUGGUUUGGUUCCCUAUCGCUGUUCUUCACUUAACUGGUUUUCAGUGAUUCCUUUUAGCAAAGGUGCUGGGCUUGGCUUGAAGAAGAAAGUGAAAGCAAGUAAUUAGCACAUGUUCUGACCAGCGCCUGUGGGGGGUGCGGAGAGGACGGAGGGGGGACGGAACAAUAGCCUUGAUGUAAAGUCAGGGCUUGGCCUUUCAAUUUGGUUCCUUAAGUGACAGGAGCAAAUUUUCUUGAAUUACAUCCCUUUCUGGAGCAAUGCUAUCAACUCACCAACAGAGAAUUCCAUUGUGCUUCUGUACCAUACUCCCAUUUUUCAACAUGUUUGGAGUUUCUUUGCCGAUUGGAAACCAAGUACUAGUGAUGAUGGGACAGCAGAUUUAGCUGUCUCUUUCUCCCCUCAGAGGUUGACAUACACUGCCAAUAGAAGUGGUUCUACAAAUGUAAAGGUGUUGUCUAACCUUUGUGAUGGCAGUGACUACAACAUUAAGCAUGGCAGCAGUUAACUCUGGAGUUUCAUGCUAACUGUACUAGAGUUUUUGGGAAGAGGCAGCUGUAUGUAGCACUUACUAUUUAUGAAAACAAAUUUGGAUCUUUAAAAUUCAGAAAAUGUGCAGUUGAAUGGUUCUCUCACCUACCUUAAAUAAAGGAGUUUAUGGCUUCCCUUUGUUUGGGGGGAAAA